CUCUAUACCCUCAGCAAUGAACUGCUCACUUGUUCUCUCGCUCGCCAUCUUUUUAAUCCCAAAGCUCUAACAUAUAGCUCCAAUGGCCUCCUCUCUUGCCCGAGGUCGCAAUUCUAUUUCAAAGCUCAGACCUAUUUUCCUCCCAGCUCAUCUCCUCGUUCGCCCGCCACAGCCGCACCCCGUGCCCCCGUUAGGGCUUGGCUUCUACCCCCUUUCGUCCUCUUUUCUCUUUUCCCGAUUCAGAUUAAGUUCAGUGUUUGGCUACCAGUCCCUCUGUUUCUACACAAUCUGCUCCUUCUCCUCGUCCUCAUCGGAAUCCAAGCCUGAGUUGAACCAGAACCCCGAAGCUGCUCCCUAUAACCUGAAUCCAUCAGACGUCUACCGUGAGCUCCGCGCAGAGGACUCCUCCGAGAAGCUCAGCCGCGUUCAAUGGGACUCCCUUGUCAAAAUUUUUCGCUCUUUUGCCAAGUCUCCCUGGGUAUCUGAUCAGGUCCUCGCGGCGUACAUUCCCUCUUCCUUCUUCCCCUCCGCCGCCCGCCGCUUUCGCUACUUUUUCCUCGACCGCUGCCCUCCCCGCGUCUUCCACCACCUUUCCUCACUCGGCCCCUCCCCCGAAGCUGACCGUUUCCUCCUCCCCAUCUUCAUUGACUACUGCCUCGAAGAAUUCCCCGACGAGCUCCGCAGCUACAAAUCCCUUAUGGAAUCCGCUGACAUGACCGAACCUCACACUUGGUUUCCCUUCGCCCGCGCCAUGAAGCGCAAAAUCGUUUACCAUUGCGGCCCAACCAACAGCGGCAAGACAUACAACGCUCUUCAAAGUUUCAUGGAGGCCAACAAGGGAGUCUACUGCAGUCCUCUUCGUCUUCUUGCCGUGGAAGUCUUUGACAAGGUGAAUGCUUUAGGAGUUUAUUGUAGUUUGCAUACAGGGCAGGAGAAGAAAAGCGUUCCUUUUUCAAACCACGUUGCUUGUACAAUAGAAAUGGUCUCGACUGAUGAACUCCAUGACGUUGCUGUGAUUGAUGAGAUUCAAAUGAUGGCAGACAAAACGAGAGGGUAUGCCUGGACCAGGGCGCUUCUUGGUUUGAAAGCUGAUGAGAUUCAUUUGUGUGGGGAUCCCAGCGUCUUGAAGAUUGUCAGGAAGAUAUGUAAAGAAACUGGGGAUGAACUCAAUGUGCAUCAUUAUGCCCGAUUUAAGCCAUUGGUUGUUGAGGCAAAGACCCUUUUAGGGGAGUUGAAGAACGUCCAAUCUGGAGACUGUAUUGUGGCAUUCUCAAGGAGAGAGAUUUUUGAGGUGAAGUUGGCGAUUGAGAAGUUUACAAAGCACAAGUGUUGUGUGAUUUAUGGUGCAUUACCGCCAGAGACCAGGCGGCAGCAGGCUAACUUGUUUAAUGAUCAGGAUAGCGCGCAUGAUGUUUUGGUAGCAAGUGAUGCAGUUGGUAUGGGGUUGAAUCUCAAUAUUAGAAGGGUUGUUUUCUAUUCUCUAUCAAAGUACAAUGGUGAUAAGAUGGUGCCAGUCCCUGCCUCACAGGUUAAGCAAAUAGCUGGGCGAGCUGGAAGGAGAGGGAGCAGUUUUCCAGAUGGGUUGGUGACCACUUUCAUUUUAGAUGAUUUGGAUUAUUUGAUUGAGUGCUUGAAGCAGCCUUUUGCAGAGGUAACCAAAGUUGGUCUCUUUCCAUUUUUCGAGCAGGUGGAGUUGUUCUCCGCGCAAUUCGCUAAUAUUACUUUCUGUAAAUUACUGGACAAGUUUAGAGAUACCUGCCGCCUUGAUGGAUCGUACUUCUUAUGCCAGCAUGAGAAUGUGAAGAAAGUUGCGAACAUGCUGGAGAAGGUGCAGGAUUUAUCUCUCGAAGAACGUUAUAAUUUCUGUUUUGCUCCAGUGAAUAUCAGGGAUCCUAAGGCAAUGUAUCAUUUGUUGCGGUUUGCACAGCACUAUAGCCAAAACCGUCCUGUUGGCAUAGCAAUGGGGCUACCAAAGUGUUCUGCCAGGAAUGAUGCAGAGCUUUUGGAUCUUGAGACAAAGCAUCAAGUAUUAUCUAUGUAUUUGUGGCUUUCACAUCACUUCAGGGAGGAGACUUUUCCAUAUGUGCAGAAGGCUGAGGCAAUGGCUGUUAGCAUUGCUGAUUUACUUGGUAAGUCACUUGCUAAUGCUUGUUGGAAGCCUGAAUCAAGAUCACAAGGGAAAUCCAAAAAAUUGAAGGAAGAAGAUGGCCAGGAGGAGCCACAUUCGACUACUAAAGUUGUUUUUGAGAGGCCUAGAUCACUUGUUAAAGCCUUUACUAAAAUCAUGAAGGACAAACCUCUCUUUGGUCAUCAAUGGAAUUACCCUUAUUUAGGACAUAUUUUGGUUCCAUGUGGUUGAUGAUUUGUGCCUCAAUUUUCCUCCAUUGCUGCCUCUGGUUUCAUGAGUUUUCUGAUUCGGCUUGGCUGGGCAUUCUGGUAGCUAUUUUUGUUGGUUUUCUGCUCCCUGAGCUUGAUUUCAUUGGGUUGAUGGUUGAUAGCACUUUUGGUGUUUAUUUAGAGUAUAAUGCUUUAAUGCUCCAAUGUGAAAAAUAAUUAAAUCUAAAGUUAAUUCUUGUUAGGAUUUUGUGAAUUCUUAGUGUUGAUCUGAUUUGCAUUCUUGAAUCUAAAAUUAAUUUGACUUUAGUAGAGUAUCCUUGGUUAUCUGCUAGCCAAUGGAUUUUUCAUAAUGAAGGUAGUUAUAAUAA